ACGUGGGGUCUGUCUCCUCGCGCUGAGUGCUGCAGGUAUAUAAAGCUGGUCGGCGGGUCUCCGGUCCACUGACGGUGAGACGAGGCAGACUGCUGCAACAUGCCGGUGACCGGAGCGGGAGUCCACCAGACCGGAGGCAGCUCAGCAGCAUCCCCGACAGAGGGAAAGCAUGCCAGCACAAACUCCCAGCCCGACAACGGCCACAAGCAGUCUGACAACAGAUGCAAUCGCCAGAGCCACAAAUCACACCACGUAGACGGACCUGAGAUGCACUCCCUUCCCAUGCCAAUCCCAGACCCCCCCAUUCAGUACACUAAGCUGUUCAUCAAUAAUGAGUGGCAGGAGUCCUGCAGUGGGAGAAAGAUUCCUGUGUAUGAUCCCGCCACAGGGAACCUGCUGUGUGAAGUGGAGGAGGCUGACCCAGAAGAUGUAGACAAGGCAGUGAGGAGUGCCAGAGCCGCCUUCCAGCUGGGGUCACCAUGGCGAUCCAUGGACGCCUCAGACCGAGGUCAACUACUGAACAGACUUGCUGACUUAGUGGAGAGAGACCGACUACUGCUAGCUACACUAGAGGCUCUGGACUCUGGCAAAGUGUUUCUAAUGGCAUAUUUUGUAGAUCUGAUGGCCACAAUUAAAACCUUGAGAUACUAUGGUGGCUGGGCAGACAAGAUUCAUGGCAAAACCAUCCCUGUAGAUGGAGAUUAUUUUACUUACACUCGACAUGAACCCAUUGGAGUAUGUGGCCAGAUCAUUCCUUGGAACUUCCCAGUGAUGAUGUUUGCGUGGAAGAUUGCUCCGGCUCUGUGCUGUGGGAACACUGUGGUCAUCAAACCUGCCGAACAGACCCCAUUAUCAGCCCUGCACAUGGCUGCGCUCAUCAAAGAGGCUGGCUUUCCUCCAGGUGUGGUGAACGUGGUGCCAGGCUACGGUCAGACAGCAGGCUGCGCCAUUUCCCAUCACAUGGACAUUGACAAAAUAGCCUUUACUGGAUCUACUGCUGUUGGGAAACUCAUCCAGAAGGCUGCAGGAGAAAGCAACUUGAAGAGAGUUACACUAGAACUCGGUGGAAAAAACCCAAAUAUUGUCUUUGCCGAUUGUGACUUAGAGUAUGCAGUGGAGCAGGCCCACAGCGGUCUGUUCUUUAACCAGGGCCAGUGCUGUCUGGCUGGAUCCAGAGUGUUUGUAGAGGAACCGAUCUACGAGGAGUUUGUCCACCGCAGUGUGGAGAAGGCCAAAUCCAAAGUCCUGGGAAACCCACUGCUGCCAGGGGUUGACCAAGGACCGCAGAUUGACCAGAAGCAGUUUGAUAAGAUAAUGGAGCUGAUAGAGAGUGGGAAGAGGGAUGGAGCCACGCUGGAGUGUGGGGGAUCCCCGUGGGGUCAGCAGGGACUUUUCAUCCAACCUACCGUCUUCUCAAAUGUUACAGACGACAUGCGCAUCGCCAAAGAAGAGAUUUUUGGUCCAGUGCAGCAGAUCAUGUGUUUCCGUAGCAUCCAUGAAGUCACUGAGAGAGCCAACGCCACACACUAUGGCCUGGCAGCAGGAGUGUUUACUAACAACAUCGACAAAGCCCUGACAGUCUCUUCUGCUCUGCAGGCUGGCAUGGUCUGGGUGAACUGCUACAAUGCCAUGAGCGCCCAGUGUCCCUUUGGUGGCUUUAAGAUGUCUGGGAAUGGGAGGGAACUGGGGGAAUACGCUCUCCAGGAGUACACCGAGGUCAAGGCAGUCACCAUCAAACUCUCACAGAAGAACUCAUAAUGUCAUGUCACAGGACUUACUUUUUCCACAUCUUUUUAAUUCUCUGCUGCCCCGUGGCUUCAGUCCUCCACACACAUUUUGUAAUUAUCAGGUGACACCCAGAUGUUUUGAAAGCAUCAUCAAUUCCAUGUCCCUUCAUGAACAUUUAUUUCCGCCAU